GUUCACACUCCCCCUGCGGAAGAGAGGAAGAAGAGCAAGGAGCAGGGAUCAACCGCACACAGCCAGGAGACAGAUGGAGAGGAGGGGGUGACAUUGUCUGAAGCCAGUGACAAGGAAGACGAUGAUGAUGAUGACGAUGGUGGGUUUUUGCUGACGGAGAUGGGAGUGCAGGAUAAGAUUAAGAAACCAGACAACAUCUCCAUCAAACUGCACAAAGAGCGCAACUCGGGUUGUUUAGACCACAAGCCAGAGUCUGUAGUCUGUGUGUCGGGAACGCACACCUUCACUCUCAUCAACUUCCUCAUCAACUGUAAGAGCCUGGUGGCAGGGGCUGGAUCACAGGCAGGCCUGCCCCCCACCCUACUGGCCCCUACAGCCUUCAGAGGAGCUACGCUACACUCACUCAAGGCGCGUAGUGUGAACGUGAAGACCCAGGUGGUCUGGUACCAGGAUGUGUGCAGUCUAGAGGUGACGGGACCCAUAAUGGCUCAUUCUCUCCACGCCCUGACCCGCCUGCUUCGGCCUGCUCAGAGAGGAGGUUUCAGCACCGCACUCUACACACACGAACCCACUGCAGUCCUCAACACGCACACCACCACCAGGGAACAGGCUGAGCAGGCUGUAGAGCUGGAUGGAUGUGGUCUUCAUCCCAGCACCAUCCAGCAGCUCCGGGAGCCCUCUACCUUGGGGAAGUCUCCCAUCAGACAGCUCCACUUGAACAACUACUCCUACACAUGGAAGUCCUGAGAGCAGCUCACCCUGCCUCUAUCAGACUGCCCAGAGAGCACUGCUAGGUUACGUCCCAAAUUGCACCCUUUUCUCUUUAUAGUGAAAUGCUUUUGACCGGAGCCCAAUAAAGUAGAGCACUAUAUUGGAAAUAGGGUGCCAUUUGGGACACAGCCUAGAUGCCUUAGGUGGACCGUACCAUUCCUACACUGCCGUAUACUUACUGUCCAUAUCUGUCUGAAUAKCCUGUCCACAAACUCCAGGUAUGCUGGCAAUUGUAGUUUUGCUAAUCCCCUGUUCCCUGGACUACAACCCAAUGACUGAUGGGAAAUGGAGUUCUUGGACAUGUAAAAUUCCUGUAUUUGCCAUAAUGAGUUGGAUUUGGCUAAAACAGACUUGUGAUUGAUUUUAGACCCUGCCCUAAGAUGUUUUUGUCUUGAACCAUUUUUWAUUUCUGUUUUAAGAGCUUUUAUUUCAACAUAAUUGUUUUAURUUAAUGACAUUAUAUCUCUGUACUGGUGCCAUUUUAUUGGAUUAAAUUCAUUUGUCACGUGA